GUAAUAGAAAAUAAAAUUAAGAGGCUUUACUUUUCUUUUUUUUUUUUUUUCCCCUCAAAUUCAUCGAGCUGAAAACAAGUUGUAAAAAGCUGCUCAAAACGAUUUAGAGAUGAACAAAAAAGGUUUUGUUAAAAGCAAAUAUAUUUUUGAGAAAAAUGGAACGGUCACACAUUCUUGCGAAAAGAAAGAUUCUCCCAGUAAGAAAAUAAACAAUCACUCGAGACAUUUUUCUGCUCUCAUAAUUAACAGAAUUUUACUAGGCUGUUAUCAAGAAAAACUGUUUUGGAGUUUUGUUCUAAUACUCUGCUGUGCAUUGGUAGCGCUACCUAUUUACUUUCGAGUGCAGGAAUAUUUAAGUUAUGAAAGCAGCCAAAAAAUAUCCACAAUCGUUACCCCAAAAAACCUAUUUCCAGCUGUCACAAUAUGCAAAGAGCGUAAAAGUAUGUUUUUAUAUUGUGAUUUGGAUAUAUAUGAUGUAAAUUCAAACUAUAAUGUCCCAUGUCCUCGAGAUAAACAAACCGUCGAAGAAAGAAGCAAUGUUGCAGGAACAGGGAGUUAUAGAACAAAUAUUCAACCCUUUGAAUUUUAUUGCGACGAGUUACGUAGAAAAUGUUCUCCGAGUGAUUUACAAAGUCAAUUUUUUAAAACAGUACGUAACGAACGUGGAGAAUGUGUUACUUGGAAUGGAAAUGGGACUUAUACAAACGCUAAUAACAUAAUUGAAUUAAUUGUGAAGGUUGUUAAGGUGGAACGAUACUUUGAAGUUAUAGAAGUUAUAGUUCAUGAACCUCAAGUUGACGGAACUUUACAAGAUCUAACAUUCCGUGUAACAACUGCAAAAAAGUAUGAAAUAUCUUUCACAAAAGUUGUAAGCGAAUUAUUACCUGCUCCCUAUUCUAACUGUAUUAAUAAAAAACAAAACGAUAUAUUUCCAGGAAAAUAUACUCUUGAAAAUUGCGUUAAUUCACAUAAUUGCAUAAGUACUUUUAAGCAAUGCGGGGAUACAUUUGACUACUGCAGAAAAUACAUUCCCGAAAGUAUUGCAAUGCAUUAUGGGAGGAACAAUACAAUUAGUAGAAAUAUUAAUUGCUUAAAAAAACAAAACGAAACUUUGCCACCAAUCUGCUUACUUCCAUGCAAACAAACUGAUUUUGAGGUUUCUAUUUUUUCUGAAGUUGACACUCGACUUAAUAAUAAUCAGUUUGUCUUUGUCAUGAAAAACAAAAACAGAAAUACAUACAUUGAGAAAAAAGAUAAAUUGGACAAAACAAACAACUGGACACGUUUAGCAUCGGAAAUUGCUGGUCUUUUUUCUCUUGUUACUGGUAGCUUACUGAUAUGUAUUAUUGAGUUAUUUGUUUAUGCAGUUUUGUCGUGUUUUUAAUUUUUAAACAAAACGAACCAAAGUUUACUAUUCUGAACAUCGAUUGAGUGAUUGAGGGUAAAGGCAAUUUAAGUUUACGUCUUUUUAUUUCUUUUCUUUUUCUUUUUUUUUGCAAAAAUGUUGUAAAGACGUAAUUGUAAAUGGCGUGAAUUGGGGAACUUGGUUAUUAUUUAUAUCACUCGAUAAUAAUACAAAUAUAUUGCGGUUAGUGUAAUUUUUUAAAUCGGUAUCGACUGAAAUUGAAUCGACUUUCAUGUUACUAACUUUUUUGUAUAUUUUUAUUCUUGAAAAUAAAGUAAAUUUAAAAUUGAA